AUGUCUCCAGAGACUAAGUCGUCAGUUAUAAGCGACAUGGAUCAGUCCGAACGGCCGAGACAUUAUUUUGGAUUCCACUUCCUCCUUAUGAGGGUACUUGGAUUAGGCUGGUGGCAUCAUCCAGAAGAAGGAGACAAUAGAAACUUCCCAGGGUUGUAUCUGUACUAUGCUAUAACCACCGGACUGGUUUGGGUCGUCGGAUUUGUCGGCUUGGAGACAAUAGACCCAUUUAUUGGAGAAAGAGAUCUUGACCAAUUCAUGUUCAGUCUAUCCUUCGUCAUCACCCAUGACCUGACCAUGAUCAAACUGUACCUGUUCUUCUUCAGAAACGUUGACUUGCAAGAUGUAGCGCGUAUUUUAGAAGUAGACUUGCAGAGUUUUUACCAGAACCAUGAGAAGACCCGUGCAACGAUCAGGAUGACGAGAAUCCUUACAGGCUCUUUCAUCUUCUUCGGAUGGGUGACUAUUGGAAACGCAAGCCUUUAUGGAGCUGUCCAGGAUAUCAAGUGGAGAAAAGAAGUAGCUCUUCUUAAUGACAGCUCUUCAUUCCCCUUCAGGUCUCUUCCCCAACCUAUUUAUAUACCCUGGAACUACCAGCAGGAUACACCGUAUAUUAUCACCUUUGCCUUAGAAACAGUGGGUCUUUUGUGGACUGGUCAUAUUGUAAUGGGUAUAGACACUCUGAUUGGGGCGAUCAUUCUUCACAUGAGCUCGCAAUUCUCAGUAUUCCAAGAAGCAGUAUUAACUGCUUAUGAUCGUACUAUUAGGCAACUGUACGAACGUAUCCCUCUAGAUCUCGAAGUAAAUCAGAUAGACUCUAAAGACGCGAAAGAUUUGGACAAGUAUGAAGAAAUAGUAAAAGAAACUUACUCAGAAGAGGAGAUUGGCAAAGCAUUAGAGACUAUUCUGAGGGAUUGCUUUCGUCAACAUCAGCUACUGAUCAGCUGUGUCCAGAAGUUCGGCAGAACAUACGCUUAUGGAUUUAUGACUCAAUUGCUGUCUAGUAUGGCGGCUAUUUGCGUUGUAAUGGUGCAAGUUUCGCAAGACGCAUCCAGUUUUAAGUCGGUUCGACUUGUGACGUCACUUUCCUUCUUCGUCGCUAUGACUUUGCAGCUGGUUCUACAGUGCUUUACUGCCAACGAACUUACUAUUCAGGCCGGUCGUGUAGCCAACGCAGUGAUGGAGAGCAAGUGGGAGCGCAUGCCGGUGCGCCUGCGCAGGAUGUUGCUGUUAAUGAUGAUCCGAGCGCAACGGCCGCUCGUGCUCAGCGCCGCCGGGUUCGCUAACAUGGACAACGCCUGCUUCCUAGCGAUUAUGAAAGCAGCCUAUUCAUACUACGCAGUUCUCAGUCAGAAACAAGACUCCACUCAUUAGGAAAAAUAAGAAAAUACAACAAAAUUUCUACGAUUGUAGUACCAUUUAUUGUUUAUAAUAAUACCCACAAGUCCGUAGCUCUUACAAAAGCAAUAGAUGAUCAAUUUCCUAAGUAGGAGCCAACAUCAUUACUUUUUUACUCACUAGAUGGCG